GAGGGGACGCCACAAACGGACAGAGCCGGAAGUGGGUUCGUGAAUGGCCACCGGGAAAACUCAGCCAGAGCGAGAGGUGCAGCGGCACGGCGGGUGAGCAGUGGGUUGCUGGCUGCUCGAGGAAGCGGAAGACGCUGGCUUUCAUCGGGCAUUUCCGGAAUGGUAGUGGAGCUCCGACCGGAGCGGGGGUAUGGGGGAGGGUCCUUGCCUGGCGCGGCUCUUUUCGCCACCCAGCCCUCGCCGUGGGGCCUCUGGGCGGCGGUGCAACCGCGUUUAGUGGGCAACUGUCGCUUCUCCACCGAGCUCCCCGCGGCCCGAGGAGUCCGCAUUGGCAGUCGUGUUGAGCUACAGAGGAGACCUUUCUAAGCUUUUUUUAUUGCUGCUGUUCUGGAUCUGGGUGAAACCAUCUGUGGGCCCUGACAGCCUGGAGCAGGAAUGAAGACCGUGUUCAUGGUAGCAGAAAAGCCAUCCCUGGCACAGUCCAUUGCCAAAAUCCUCUCCCGAGGAAACAUGUCCUCACACAAAGGGCUGAAUGGAGCAUGUUCAGUGCACAAGUACACAGGAACCUUUGCUGGCCAACCUGUCCACUUCAAGAUGACAUCUGUCUGCGGUCAUGUAAUGACAUUGGAUUUUCUGGGAAAGUACAACAAGUGGGAUAAGGUGGAUCCUGCAGAGCUCUUCAGCCAAGCUCCAACAGAGAAAAAGGAAGCUAACCCCAAGCUAAACAUGCUCAAGUUCCUGCAGGUGGAGGGCAGAGGCUGUGACUAUAUCGUGCUGUGGCUGGACUGUGACAAGGAAGGCGAGAAUAUUUGCUUUGAGGUCCUUGAUGCCGUUCGGCCUGUCAUGAAUAAUGCCCACAAUGGUGAGAAGAUAGUGUUCCGAGCCAGGUUCAGCUCCAUCACUGAUACAGACAUCUGUAAUGCCAUGACCCGCCUGAGUGAGCCAGACCACAAUGAGGCACUCUCAGUGGAUGCCCGCCAGGAGCUAGACCUGCGCAUCGGCUGUGCAUUCACUAGGUUUCAAACAAAGUAUUUCCAGGGAAAAUAUGGCGAUUUAGACAGCUCUCUCAUCUCCUUUGGACCAUGUCAGACUCCUACCCUGGGAUUCUGUGUAGAAAGACAUGAUAAAAUCCAGUCCUUCAAACCAGAGACCUACUGGGUACUUCAGGCCAAGGUUCAUACUAAUAAAGAGGAGUCACUCCUUCUGGACUGGGACCGUGUUAGAGUUUUCGACCGGGAGAUUGCACAUAUGUUUUUAAACAUGACAAAGCUAGAAAAAGAAGCUUGGGUGGAGGCUACGAGCAGGAAAGAAAAAGCCAAGCAGAGACCACUUGCUCUGAACACUGUGGAGAUGUUGCGUGUGGCCAGCUCAGCUCUAGGUAUGGGACCACAGCAUGCCAUGCAGAUAGCUGAGAGAUUAUACAUACAGGGCUACAUCAGCUACCCACGGACAGAAACCACCCACUAUCCCGAGAACUUUGACCUGAAGGGCUCUUUGCGACAGCAGGCCAAUCACCCAUACUGGGCAGACUCGGUAAAGCAGUUGUUAGCAGAAGGCAUCAACCGCCCUCGGAAAGGUCAUGAUGCUGGUGACCAUCCUCCGAUCACACCUAUGAAGUCAGCUACAGAGGCUGAAUUAGGAGGUGACGCGUGGAGACUCUACGAGUACAUCACCAGACACUUCAUUGCCACAGUGAGCCAUGACUGCAAGUACCUCCAGAGCACUAUCUCCUUCAGGAUCGGGCCUGAACACUUUACAUGCAUGGGAAAAACAGUUAUUUCCCCAGGCUUCACAGAGAUCAUGCCUUGGCAGAGCGUGCCCCUGGAAGAGAGUCUGCCCACGUGCCAGAAGGGCGAUAGCUUCACUGUGGGUGAAGUGAAGAUGCUAGAGAAGCAGACGAGCCCACCAGACUAUCUGACUGAGGCCGAGCUCAUCACUCUCAUGGAGAAGCAUGGUAUCGGGACUGAUGCCAGUAUCCCUGUGCACAUCAACAAUAUCUGCCAGCGCAACUAUGUUACUGUGGAGAGUGGCCGCCGGCUCAAGCCCACCAACCUUGGCAUAGUUCUGGUGCAUGGUUACUACAAAAUUGAUGCAGAGUUGGUACUCCCCACCAUCCGAAGUGCAGUGGAGAAGCAGUUGAACCUCAUUGCCCAGGGCAAAGCUGACUACCACCAGGUCCUGGACCACACCCUGGAUAUCUUCAAGAGAAAGUUCCACUACUUCGUUGAUUCUAUUGCUGGCAUGGACGAGUUGAUGGAGGUGUCCUUUUCACCCCUGGCUGCCACUGGCAAGCCCCUUUCACGCUGUGGGAAGUGCCAUCGAUUUAUGAAGUACAUCCAGGCCAAGCCAAGCCGCCUGCACUGCUCCCACUGUGAUGAGACCUACACUCUCCCUCAGAAUGGUACCAUCAAGCUCUACAAGGAGCUGCGAUGCCCAUUGGAUGACUUUGAACUGGUCCUGUGGUCCUCCGGCUCCAGGGGCAAGAGCUACCCACUAUGUCCCUACUGCUAUAACCACCCACCCUUCCGAGACAUGAAGAAAGGUAUGGGCUGCAAUGAGUGCACACACCCCACCUGCCAGCACUCACUGAGUAUGCUGGGCAUUGGCCAGUGUGUGGAAUGUGAGAAUGGAGUCCUGGUUCUGGACCCCACCUCCGGUCCCAAGUGGAAGGUGGCCUGCAAUACAUGCAAUGUGGUGGCACACUGCUUUGAAAAUGCCCACCGAGUACGGGUCUCUGCUGACACCUGCAACUCCUGCGAAGCUGCCUUGCUCGAUGUAGACUUCAACAAAGCCAAGUCUCCCCUUCCUGGCAGUGAGACUCAGCACACAGGCUGCAUCUUCUGUGACCCCGUCUUCCAGGAGCUGGUGGAGCUGAAGCAUGCAGCCUCCUGCCACCCCAUGCACCGAGGUGGUCCUGGAAGGAGGCAGGGUCGUGGGCGGGCCCGGGGCCGGAGACCUCCAGGAAAGCCCAACCCUAGGCGGCCAAAAGACAAGAUGUCAGCCCUGGCUGCUUACUUCGUAUGACAGCCUCUUUUCCCCACUCCAGACACGUUGUGGUUAUCUUUGAGCCACUGAAACCAUUAAAAUGCUUUUUAUUUUGUAUUCUCUG